AUAAACGUAUUUAAUUUUAAGUGUUAACAAAAAAUGUGUGUGCUAAAUUAUUAAAAUAAAAAGUAUUUAGAUCCUUUAAUUAUACAUACACAUAUAUAAGCUUAAAAAUGCAAUCCUUUAAAUCAGAUGAAUUGCCGGUAAAUCCGCGCCAACAUUCAAAUCCUUUAUCAUCGUUAAUGUUUUGUUUUACAAUGCCCACAUUUUUUAAAGGUCGCAAAAGAGUUUUAAAUGAAACUGAUCUUUAUCGGGCUCUAGACGAACACAAAUCAGAAUUAGUGGGCAAUAAACUUAGCUUGGCGUGGGAACAAGAAUGUAAAAAAGUCAAAGGCACCAAUAAAGAACCCAGUUUGGUAAAGGCCACUAUUAAGGCAUUUGGUUUUCACUACAUGUUGUUGGGUAUAGCAUUGUUUAUCAUAGAAAUUGGUUUGAGAUCUGUACAACCUUUGUUUUUGGGCAAAUUGGUAGCAUUUUAUGCUAAUUCGAACGCCACCACUAAUGAUGAAACUGAGGCCUAUUUAUACGCUGGAGGUGUAAUAUUGAGCAGUGCUUUAAGUGUACUCUUUUUGCAUCCGAAUAAUUUGGGUAUUCAACAUUCGGGCAUGAAAAUACGUGUUGCUCUCUGUAGUUUAAUUUAUCGUAAAGCUUUGCGUUUAAGUAAAUCUGCCAUGGGUGAAACUACUUCGGGUCAGGUGGUUAAUUUAAUGACAAACGAUGUGGGCCGUUUGGAUACUUCAUUGUUGCAUAUACACUAUUUAUGGAUCGGACCCAUAGCCAUAGCUGUUGUCACCUAUUUAAUGUAUUUGGAGAUUGGCGUUGCAUCAUUCUUUGGCGUAAUUUUAAUGUUAUUAUUUAUUCCGGUACAAGGACUUUUGGGCAAAAAAACCUCUAUUUUACGUUUACGCACUGCUUUGUGUACCGAUGAACGUGUACGCCUAAUGAAUGAAAUCAUCUGCGGAAUACAAGUGAUUAAAAUGUAUGCCUGGGAAUAUCCCUUUGGCAAAUUGGUGGAAUAUAUUAGACGCAAAGAAAUGAAGGCCAUACGUUAUGCCAACUAUAUACGCGGCAUGUUUUCUUCCUUUAUUAUGUUUCUCACACGCCUAUCGGUAUUCUCCAGCCUUGUGGGAUUUGUAUUGUUGGGCAAUUUUUUGACUGCGGAAAAGGCUUUUGUCGUAACGGCUUAUUAUAAUAUCUUAAGGACUAUUAUGACUGUAUUCUUUCCUCUGGGCGUGGCUCAAAUUGCUGAAACUAUAGUGUCAUUUAAUCGUCUGCAGACCUUUAUGACAUUGGAUGAAACAACGUUGGUUGACAAAAAGAAAUCUAAGACCAGUGAUCCCGCCAAGACUAUACCAAGUGCUAUUGUCAGUGAAGAUGGUAAAAUGUCUAUAUUGCCAAUAAAAGAAAACAAAUCAGAAGCCGGUAUUGUUUUUCACAACUUUAAAGCCAAAUGGGAUGUAAAAUCUGCAGAUUUUAGUUUGAAUGAUAUCAAUUUGAAUAUAAAACCCAAAACAUUGGUGGCGGUUGUUGGUCCUGUGGGCUCGGGUAAAUCUAGUUUAAUCCAAGCCAUACUUGGUGAACUACCCCCGGUAUCUGGUACAAUUCAAAUAAAUGGCGUUCACUCUUAUGCCUCUCAAGAGCCAUGGCUUUUUACCGGCACUAUACGCCAGAAUAUUCUCUUCGGUCUACCCAUGGAUAAAAAACGUUACAAUAUGACGGUGAAAAAGUGUGCUCUUGAACGUGAUUUUCAGCUUUUGCCUUAUGGCGAUAGAACAAUUGUGGGAGAACGUGGUGCCUCAUUAUCAGGAGGCCAAAAGGCGCGUAUAAAUUUAGCACGAGCUGUUUACCGGAAAGCUGACAUUUACUUAUUAGAUGACCCUCUUAGUGCCGUCGAUACCCAUGUAGGCCGUCAUUUAUUCGAUGAGUGUAUGAAAGAGUAUUUAAGUGAACAUAUUGUUGUAUUAGUGACACAUCAGUUGCAAUUUUUGGAACAGGCUGAUAUUAUAAUUAUAAUGGAUCAGGGUAAAGUGAGUGCUAUGGGUACAUAUGAGUCUAUGAUGCAAAGUGGUUUAGAUUUUGCUCAGCUCUUAGCAAACGCUGAGGAGGAAGAGAUGGAUCAAGAGUUACAACAUAAGCACCUACUACGAAGAAGGCAAAUAAGUGAAACGUCUAUGACUUCUACUGUAGAAUCUGUAGAACUAGAUAAUGCUCCCAAACAGGUGGAAGAAUCAAAACAGGAGGGUAAAAUCGGUAUGAAAUUAUAUAAAAAGUAUUUUGGCAGUGGUGGUGGUUUCUUUGUCUUAACGCUUAUGACUUUCAUGUGCCUGGCGGCGCAAGUUCUAGCCUCAGGCUCCGAUUACUUUUUAUCUUACUGGGUCAAUAAAAACGAAAACACAUCACCCGAAAUGACCGAGGCCAACCCCCAAACCGAUCCAAAUGAUAUUUAUAUUUUCUCAGCCCUUAACUUGGCUGUCAUUAUCUUUUCCGUGGCGCGCAGUUUCAUGUUCUUUAACUUGGCCAUGAAAUCUUCAACCUACCUGCAUAAUGCCAUGUAUAUAGGUGUUACUCGCGCUGCCAUGUAUUUUUUCAAUACCAAUCCUUCGGGCCGUAUUCUUAAUCGUUUCUCUAAGGAUAUGGGUCAGGUGGAUGAAAUUUUACCCAGUGUUAUGAUGGAUGUUAUACAAAUAUUCUUGCAAUUAUUUGGUAUUUUGAUUGUCUUGUGUUUGUUGAAUCCCUGGUAUUUGUUACCGACAGUGGCGUUGGUAUUUAUAUUUUAUUAUUUGAGAUCAUUCUACUUGAAGACAUCUCGGGAUGUUAAGCGUUUGGAAGCGAUAACCCGCUCUCCUAUUUACUCUCACUUGGCAGCCUCUCUCAAUGGUCUCGCCACCAUAAGAGCCUUUGAAGCAGAAGAGAUUCUGAUAGAAGAAUUUGAUAUAUAUCAGGAUUUACACAGUUCUGGUUUCUAUAUGUUCGUGGCCACAAGUCGUGCCUUUGGCUAUUGGCUAGAUUGUUGUUGUGUUGUCUACAUUGCUCUCAUAACACUAAGUUUCUUUUUAUUUACUCCAGAGAAUGGAGGUGAUGUGGGCUUGGCUAUAACUCAGGCCAUGGCCAUGACGGGUAUGGUUCAAUGGGGUAUGCGUCAGUCGGCUGAAUUAGAGAAUACUAUGACUUCCGUCGAAAGAGUAGUGGAAUAUGAGGCCAUAGAACCGGAAGGAGAAUUGGAGUCACCGCCUGAUAAAAAACCACCCCAAACAUGGCCCGAGAAGGGACAAAUUAAUUUUGAAAAUUUAUGUUUACGCUAUAAUCCCGAUCCUAAAUCGGAUUAUGUUUUGAAAUCUUUAAACAUCACAAUAAAACCCUGUGAAAAAGUGGGAAUAGUGGGUAGAACAGGAGCUGGAAAAUCAUCUUUGAUCAAUGCAUUCUUUCGUUUAUCUUAUAAUGAUGGAGCGGUGGUUAUAGAUCAAAGGGACACUAAUGAAAUGGGUCUACAUGAUUUGAGAAGUAAAAUAUCAAUUAUACCUCAAGAACCGGUGUUGUUUUCAGGAACUAUGCGUUACAAUCUAGAUCCAUUUGAGGAGUUUUCGGAUAACAAAUUGUGGGAAGCUUUAGAAGAGGUCAAACUUAAACAAGUCGUAGCCGAUAUGCCUCAAGGUUUACUCAGCAAGAUAUCCGAAGGUGGUACAAAUUUCAGUGUGGGCCAACGACAAUUGGUUUGCUUAGCUCGUGCCAUAUUACGUGAAAAUCGGAUUUUAGUUUUAGAUGAAGCCACUGCAAAUGUUGAUCCUCAAACUGAUGCCCUAAUACAAACAACAAUACGCGAGAAAUUUAAAAACUGUACCGUUUUAACAAUUGCUCAUCGUUUGCACACCGUAAUGGAUAGCGAUAAGGUGUUGGUAAUGGAUGCCGGUCGAGUGGUAGAGUUUGGUUCGCCUUAUGAACUGUUAACCGAGUCCAGUGUAAAUGUAUUUCAUGGUAUGGUUAAACAGACAGGCAAUAAUAGCUACGAGACUCUACUGAAGAUUGCACAAAAUGCUCACGAACAAAAUUUAUUGAAAAAGAAGGAAGCUUAAGGGAUGUUAUGACGGAAUAACAGGAUAUCACGACAGAAAGUCGUCUACAUAAAUGUUGAGUUUUGUGAACCAAGAUUUUUGAAACCAUAUUUCCGAAACAAAAUUUUAUGUAGCUUAACAACGAAUCUAAGAUUGUUCAGUUAUAUUGAACUAAUAUUAAUGUUAUUUAAAAAAGUGAU